AUGCUACGUGCGUUUAUAGUCCCCAAACAGACGACAUUUGUUAAAGACAGACUACUCGUAGAGAACACAGUCUUAGCGGGAGAACUAGUCAAUGAAUAUCACAAGAGACUCGGUCCUAAAAAGAUUACUAUCAAAGUGGAUAUAGCUAAAGCCUUUGACACGCUAUCUUGGGACUUUUUGCUAGAAGGUUUGAAUGUACCUGCAGCGCUGGGUGCAAUGAUACUUCAAAGGAACCAGAGGGUUGAGACAAGGGAUCCACUAUCCCCUUACCUCUUUGUCAUAGCUAUGAAUGUCCUCUCGGUCAUACUCAACAAGGCAGCAUCGGAUCUUAAAGUGAAAUAUCACCAUAAAUUCUCCUCCUCUAAGCUCACUCACUUAUGUUGUGCUGAUGAUCUUCUGAUUUUCAUUGAUGGCUCACUGUCUUCAGUGCAGAAUGUGUUACAGGUCUUGAAAGAGUUUGAGCUUCGCUCGGGGCUCGCGGAACUAGAUACCAUCAAAGCGUCUACUGGGAUGCACCAAGGCUCUCUGCAUGUGCGUUACCUAGGUAUUCCUAUGUGCACGAAGAAGCUAUCUCUCCACAAUUGUGAAGUCAUCCUGCAUCAAAUCAAAGGGAAGUUUAGUUCAUGGAGUGUGCAGAGCCUUUCCUUUGCAGGAAGACUACUUCUAAUCAAGACAGUUAUUGCAGGAAUAAACAAUUUCUGGUGCUCUACAUUUCUACUUCUUAAGGAGUGCAUUAAGCAAAUGAACUCCCUUUGUGGGAUGUUUCAAUGGAAUGGGAAUAUUGAAGAUAGCCACACUACACGGUCUGGUUCAGUAUGGGUGGCUUGGUUUAGGAGUGAGGUCUUGGGUGGUAACAUGAGUAACUUCUGGACUGCUACGGUGAAUCCAAAAAAUUCCUUGCUUGCUAAUAAGCUGAUCAAAAUGAGAGGAGAAGUCUUUACCUGGAUAACGAUGCGUGUGGGAAACAGGCGUAUAUGUCGGUUCUGGACGGACAACUGGUCACCUUAUGGAUCGAUGGAGACCUUCUUACUUAGUACUUCUGAGACUAGACUAGGAAUCCCUCGGAUUGCUUCCCUUGUUGACUUGAAUGACGAUGGGAAUUGGCUACUUCCACCUGCUAGAUCAGAUGAAUGGCUACAACUUCAGAUUUACUUAACAACUGUCUCCCUCAAUCAAGAUCAAGAUUACUAUGAAUGGAUACUAGAAGAUAAGCCAACCAAGAAGUACAGUACUAGCGAUGUCUACAACAAGCUUAGGGGAGAUGAUCAGUCCGUACCUUGGGCGAAGGUAAUCUGGAACAAAGGAGGAAUCCCUCGUCACAGUUUCCUAGCCUGGCUCUUUACCCUCAACAGGUGUCCUACUUGCGAUCGAUUACUUAGCUGGGGACUUCAGAGUGACUCCACUUGCCUCCUCUGUGAUGCGGCUGAUGAAUCGAGGGAUCACCUACUCUUCGAAUGCUCUUUCUCGUGGAACAUGUGGUCUGCAGUGUCAUCAAAGUGA